UCACUGGAGGCGUCACCGAGGAGGUGCCUGGACCUGCCCCUGCUCCUCUUGGGCGCGUCGACUGGACGCUCUGUUUUUACGUCAUUUCCGGAGCACCUCCCUCGGCAGAAGCUUGCAUUAGGGGGGAUUCGCCUGGUGUGGGCGGCCGGAGACCGCUGUGGUUCAACUGUUUGUUCCUGUCACACUCCUGGCCCGUACCAUGGGAGUGACUUGUGUGUCCCAGAUGCCUGUGGCUGAGGGCAAGAGUGUCCAGCAGACGGUGGAGCUCCUCACCCGGAAAUUGGAGAUGCUUGGGGCAGAGAAGCAAGGAACAUUUUGUGUGGAUUGUGAGACCUACCACACAGCUGCCUCCACUCUUGGCAGCCAAGGUCAGGCUGGGAAGCUGAUGUACGUGAUGCACAACUCAGAGUACCCUCUGAGCUGCUUCGCCCUCUUUGAGAAUGGCCCUUGGCUUAUUGCCGACACCAACUUCGACGUGCUCAUGGUGAAACUCAAGGGCUUCUUCCAGAGUGCCAAGGCCAGCAAGAUUGAGACACGGGGUACCCGUUACCAGUACUGUGACUUCCUAGUGAAGGUGGGCACAGUCACCAUGGGGCCCAGUGCCCGGGGCAUCUCCGUAGAGGUGGAGUAUGGCCCCUGUGUGGUAGCUAGCGACUGCUGGAGCCUGCUGCUCGAGUUCCUACAGAGUUUUCUAGGCAGCCACACACCAGGGGCUCCUGCAGUGUUUGGGAACAGACAUGAUGCCGUCUAUGGCCCAGCAGAUACCAUGAUCCAGUACAUGGAACUCUUCAAUAAGAUCCGCAAGCAGCAGCAGGUGCCGGUGGCUGGGAUUCGUUAGUGACUGGUGGCUGCCUAGCUGAGCUCUGUCACCAGGGGGUCGGUGCAGGAAGAGCAGGGGCUGCACCCUGAGACCCCUGGACCCCAGAAACCCAGGGCAGACAUGGAGGCUUCUCUCCCUCCUCUCAGCUGUGACUUUUGUUCUGGGGAUCUGGACUCCCCUCCCCUGACCCUCACACACAGCCCCCCAGCAGCUGCUUCACCCUACGCCUUACUGGACUUGGCCUGUUCUCAAGAAUGGUAAUUACGAAGAGUGGAGAAGUGAGGAGCUUUCCUGCUUUAGGGAAAAGGUAGGACAGGGCUGUCCCUGCCCAGUGUUGGUGGGAAAGCAGUCUGUAUCUCUAGCUGUUGCAGAUUUGGCCUAGGUCCACAGUGGAUGGACUGGGCUGGGCUGUGCUGGGCUGUAAUAAAGGCCUCUUCCUCUACUCCAGGGAUGCAGUUGGGCCUCUCCUGGAGAAGGAGUAGAAGGCAUAACUUGGUGUGAUGGCUGUCAUUUCUUGACCUGUUUGCUGAAGUGAACUGUGAGUUGACUUUUCUAGGAUACUGCCGGAGUCCUUUGGAGUCUCCCUCUGGCAUCUUUCCAUUCUGUUGUGAAUGAGGUUAAGCCAUAAGCCAAGCUGCUGUAACAAAGAGAACCUAAAGUACAGUGGCUCCUAGUAGAAGGUUCUUCUUCUCUCUUCUAAUAGUACAGAUGUAAUCAGAUGGUAUGGGGCAGAUUUAACUGUACACGGUCACCAGGACCUCAGGUUCCUUCUGUCUUGUUCAGCCAACUUUGGGGUGUUGACCUUGCCCACCAGGUCAAAGCAGACCCAUCAGUUCCGUGUCUACAAUACACCGGGGAAAGAGAGAGCAAAGCACUUUCUUUUUAAAGGAUAUGACCUGGAGUCCCUCAAAUCAGUGUGGCCACACUUUGCUGAAAGGGGCGCUGGGACAUAGAGCCUCUUACUUCGGUGACCAUGUGUUCAGUUAAAACCCCGGGGCUUCCAUGAUUAAAAGAUGAAGGAGAAAAUGGAUGUGGGGGCCUCGUCAGGGGCCUCUGCUACAUGGAGCUCAAUGUAUGUGCCCCGGAGGGCCCUUGGUGGUUAUUUUGGAGAGCACCCCCCCGGUAACGGAGUUAUUUGUCAGUUGCAUUGGGUUAGGGCAGGUGCCUGAGCCACUCGUGAGUUUCCCUGGCUUGGUCACACUGGGUAGUCCGUUCCACCCCCCUUGCCUAAGGGUUCACGGCUUCCUGAGCUCUUUGUCCUUGUUUCAUUUGAGGCUCCAAGCUGCUCAUUGGACUUAUAUCGCCUGCUCACCCAACUCAGGCUGCAGAAAUGUUCACUUGGCUAACAUUGAUAUAUACAGGCAGGAAUGGUCUGAGAAAACACUUUAGCGUAUUUUACCACAGAUUUGUCCUCAAGGAUACUGUCCCUCACUGCAGGUACCUCAGAGAAAUUAGUUUUAGAUCUGACGCCUCUGCAACAGGAAUCAGGAGACGGUCACAUUUCCCUUGUAGCUUUGGCUGGCAGGAAGCUCAGUUGACUCCAGCUGCAGGACCGCAGAAGUAGAGCUGCUACUCUACUUCUUGUUUUCCUUUGCCCCUGGCUUUUUUGUUUGGUUCUUUCUUCUGUUUUUGCUUUUUUAAAUUGAGGUGUAUUUUAGAUGUCAUUUACAGACAAUAAAAUGCAUACCUAGAUCUUAUGUUUUUGGCCCUCUGAUUUAUAUUUGCUCUCGUCCAGCUUUAUCUGUGUUUUUCUGCAGACUCCCUCAAAGCUUUUGUGAGAUGAGACGGCAUUUUGAAAACAUACAGAGAUAGAGUGUGAUAAAUGUGACUCAAGAAGUAUGCAUUUUAUGGAGGGGUUCUGUGCUCUAAAAAGUAAAGAAGAGUAUAAACUCCCUAACUGUACUUUGCCUUUUGAUUUAAUCUUGGCUCAUACAUUUCCAGCAUUCUUCACUUUUCCCUUAUUUCGAGCAUACAUUUAACCAAAGUCAAGUCCAGUGGACACCAGACCGGGCUUUAUGAACUGCCACAUUGGGUACUUCUGUCCACUCUUGUCCUUUGCAUCAAUUAAAAAAAGUUUAUCCCUAUAAAAGGCAGGUAAUGCAAUACAUUUCUUCAUUUAACAAAUAUGGCUCCUCUAGUGAGGUUGCCAAAACUGAGCUGGUAACUAGUGGGAAGGGUCCAGAUGUCGUCCAGCUUUUAUGUGCAAAUCGGAAUGGGACUUUCAAGAGUCGUUGAGGAUUGUCAGUGUAUCAUUUUUGAAAGUUCAGGUUGAAUGAAAGCUUAGGAGCAUUGGUAUAAAUUUAAGGAAUAAAGGGCAUGGUGAUCCUCAUUUUAUAGAUGAUAACUUAAAUGUGUCUAGUUAAUGGAGAUGCCAUGUGUUUGGUUUUAAAUCUGAUGUGGUUCCUUCUUUGCUAGACCUGUCUUCCUGAGUCUCCUGCCUCUGCUUCCAGAGGCUUUUCCCUUCUUCCCAUCUGUAUCCACCCCAAAAUAGCAGAAACUGUGUUCUAAGACCCUGCUAACAUGUCGGCUUGGUGAGUACCUUUGUCAGAGCUCUGCAGCGAAGCUGUAGGACUCCACUAGUCUUCCUUUUUUGGGAGAUGGGGAGGUGGGGCUCCCACAGAGGCCAUGCUGAGAGAGGAGGCUGCAGUUGGGACCAAACUCCAGACUUAGGACCCGUAGCUACUAUCAUGUGUCUAAGUGUGGCUCCUGGGCCUGUGUGUGGUGCCAGGUUAUUUUAGGUGGAAUGUGGAAAACACUUUUCUGUUAGUACUUACAUCUUAUUCUCAUGCGUAUUAGAAAAAAGCAGAACUAGCACUUUAUUCCUUAGGAUGAGGGUAAGUUUUUAAGGAAGAGUCCCUUUACAAGAACUGUUGAGUUCUUGCACAAAUGAUACCUGCAGAUGGCAAACCCUGGGAUGGCAGAAAGCAAAUGGGUGGGAUUUGGGGAACCCUGUAUUCUACCUGUGUCUAGCCCAUCACUUGUAUCCAUUCAUGGUUCCUGCACUGGCUGUGCUUUCCUCCUGUGUCCCGUGCUCUUGUGAUUCUCUGUAUUCCUGUUCCCAGGCUGCCUCCUGCUUGCUUGCCUCAGAUCUUGAGUACCAAAUAGUCAGUCACGUUUCCCCCGCCAUCUGUUGGUGUCCCUGCUCCUCUGAAGGAAUACCUAGAGACUGACCACUGGUCUCCAUCACCAGGUCAGCCCCAGCCCAGUGUGUCCAGUAUUCAUUUGUGGGGCUUCAGUGAGACUUUUCUUUCCGAAUCCUGGAUGAUAAAGGAAAGCAGUUAGAAAUUCCCACCUCCUCAUGCCCUCUAGGUGUCAAGAGUGGAGACUCUGCGAACAUAGGAAGGGCAAUAGGCUGAACAUUUUGAAGCUGUGCAUAUAGUAGAUCUGGAGCCAGGUGGGGCUGAUGGGUGGUACAUACCUGUGAUUCCCAGUAUUGUCUUUCCCUUACAACAGCCUCCCUCUCUGUAUCUGCCGCUGUCUGGACCCCUUGGGCUGCAGGCCCCAGUCACAAGUGCCAUGUGGCAUGGCUAAAACCAGUUGUAUCACAAAUUUGGUCCUCUCUUGGGGGUUGGUGUCUUUGGACUUAGAGUAGUCUCUUCUUGAGGAUAGACUCUCCCCCAAGAUUCUUUGGAUGGGAAGAGACCUUGAAAGGACCUCUAGUUUAUCCUGCAACUUCAGUCAAUAUCCCACUUAAAUCAUCCCAGGUAAUAGAGAAGAGGAAACCUAAUCAAUGGCUGUGGAAUGAUAUGGAAGAAGAUG